CCGUUGCGAGCGGUUUACACCUGGCAACAGGUGCGCAUUGUCGUCGUAAAGUCCGCCUGAUCGAUCGAUCGCUCGGGUCUUCGUCGAUGUAGAUUUCGGUCCACGCUAUCUUGCACCAGAUCUGUCAUGUACCGUUUUCCAGCCAGAUGAUCAGAGCAAAGUGCACAAAAACCACAAAAAUUGAAAAUCUGCUAACUGAAUUUACAAAAACUGCAAAAAAUAAAAUUGACAAAAAUAAGUGAAGUGCAAUCAGAAAUCCAGGGCGAUCCCUAUCAGGGCCAGGCCUUUUUGUCACCCGGUACAGAGCUCCUUCUUUGGGCCGAGUGAAUUUAUUUCCCAACUCGCGGAACGUUCAAUUAUGCUAAAAGCAUGGGAUAAGCCAAAUGGCCAAGUGAGAAACCGUAUAAAGUACAAAAACAAAGCGAAAUAAAUUUUCAAAGAAAAGUGUAUCAACAAAACACAAACAAGUAAUUAAAGUUCCGCACGAAGCUGAAUUUACUGCAGAAAUUUUUAAGCCGAAAAACAAAAGCGACCAAAAAAGCAGCUACAAGUACAGAAUGUCAUUGCUAACAAGAAAAGAGAACGAGAACUGAAAAAUAAUUACGGCCCGGGAACAAUAAUAAUAAGCAACAUGAGCACCCUGACAGCAGGAGGAGGAGUUGCAGGAGGAGCUGGAGGAGCUGGAGGAGUUGCAGGAGGAUCAGGGGCAGAUGCUGCUGCCAGUGGCCAGGCCACAGUCACUGCCACUGGAAACAUGGAGCCGGCGAUGGUGCCACGUACCGCCAAUUUGCUGGCAUGCAAACAAUGGUGGCGCGUCUGCUUUUUGUACGGCGACCAGCAGAAAUAUUAUCGACAGCUCUAUAGCAAGGCGGCGGCCCAGCGGCUGGCGGACGCUAAUCAGGAUCCCGACAAUGGGCGCGAUCGGGACUACGACACCGUGGACUGCGAUCUUAUCGCCGGGCAAUUAGAUGCCGCCGAGGAUGCGGACGAUGGCAUCGAUCUGGGGGAUCAUGGGGGGACUCCGAGGAGCGGUGGAGGAGGAGGAGGAGGAACGGCGCCAUCGGGUCGUCCGCUCUUCCCGCUCUCCUCCUCCCCGCGGAGGAGCAAGAAGCUCCUCAGAUCCCUGCGAGCCCAUGUCCGCGGGGAGAAGUCUGCCAAGUCCACCACCAAUGGAUCCACCAACGAGUCCAGCGAGAUGACCCAGCGGAAUGCCAGGGUGACCGUACUCGAUGAUCCCUUUCUCUUCGGCAUCGAUGCCGAUCACCUGGGUGAUCUGGUGGUGCGGGGCAAGCGCUACAGUCCGCUGGAUGCCACCGAGAACAUGGCCAAGUUCUACGGGGAGCAGGAGGGAACCACGGCCCAGGUCCUGGAGAUUAUCGAGCAGGAGGAGGAUCCUCCUCUGAAUCAGGAGCAGCAGCAGGAAGCUCCCAAGCCCGCCCUGCCGCCCAAGCAGAAGCAGCAGCGUCCUGUGCCGCCACUGCCACCGCCACCGGUGAAUCGGAUUACCCAGCUCCAGGAUCAGGAUAGGGAUCCCCUGCCUGCAACACCACAAGUGCCCCUGCAACCCCUGACCGCCGGCGAUCUUCAGUUUCUGAACCUGAGCCUGCGGCACCGCAGUUUACCGCGCAGCAUGAAGCCGUUUAAGGAUGCCCACGAUAUCAGUUUCACUUUCAACGAACUGGACACGAGCGCCGCUGCAGCGGAAGUGGCCACAGGAGCCGCCCAGCAGGAGUCAAAUGAGCCCAUCAGCCGGACUCCGCUAACGCAGAUCUCCUAUCUGCAGAAGAUCCCCACGCUGCCGCGCCACUUUUCACCCAGUGGGCAGGGCCUGGCCACGCCCCCCGCCCACGGCCUGCCCAGCAGCUCCUCCGCCAGCGCCCUCUACGCGGCCCAAGCGGCGGCCGGAAUCCUGCCCACCUCCCCGCUGCCCCUGCAGCGCCACCAGCAGUACUUGCCACCGCACCACCAGCAGCUCCAGGGAGUGGGAGUGGGCAUGGGUCUGGGGUCGGGAUCGGUAUCGGGAGCAGCAGGAGGAGCCCUGCCCCUGGGCCCCCAGUAUUCGCCAGGCUGCUCCACGAAUCCCAAGUACUCGAAUGCCCAGCUCCCGCCUCCGCCGCACCACCACCACCAGCUCUCGCCGGCUCUGUCCACGCCGUCGCCACCCUCACUGCUCCACCAUCCCGCCGGAGGCACCUCCUCCGCCGCCGGCCACGCCCCCUUCCUGGGCGGACCGCACAUGGACAUGCAGCGGCAGUCGCACUCGGACGACGACAGUGGCUGUGCUCUGGAGGAGUACACCUGGGUGCCACCAGGACUGCGGCCUGAUCAGGUUCGCUUGUAUUUCUCGCAAAUACCCGACGACAAAGUGCCAUACGUCAACAGUCCGGGGGAGCAGUAUCGUGUGCGACAAUUGCUGCAUCAACUUCCGCCGCAUGAUAACGAGGUUCGUUACUGUCACUCACUGACGGAUGAGGAGCGCAAGGAGCUGCGGCUCUUCUCCACGCAGCGCAAACGCGAUGCCCUGGGCCGCGGCAACGUGCGGCAGCUGAUGAGCGCCCGACCCUGCGACGGCUGCGACGAACUAAUUUCCACGGGCGACAUCGCAGUGUUCGCCACGCGACUGGGCCCCAAUGCCAGUUGGCAUCCGGCGUGCUUCGCCUGCUGCGUCUGCCGCGAGCUCCUCGUGGACCUCAUCUACUUCCACCGGGAUGGACGCAUGUACUGCGGCCGCCACCACGCCGAGACCCUCAAGCCCCGCUGCUCGGCCUGCGAUGAGAUCAUCCUGGCGGACGAGUGCACGGAGGCGGAGGGCAGGGCGUGGCACAUGAACCACUUCGCCUGCCACGAGUGCGACAAGCAGCUGGGCGGCCAGCGGUACAUCAUGCGCGAGGGCAAACCGUACUGUCUGCACUGCUUCGACGCGAUGUUCGCCGAGUACUGCGACUACUGCGGGGAGGCCAUUGGGGUGGACCAGGGCCAGAUGAGCCACGACGGGCAGCACUGGCAUGCGACGGACGAGUGCUUCUCGUGCAACACGUGCCGCUGCUCGCUGCUGGGGCGCGCCUUCCUGCCCCGGAGGGGGGCCAUCUACUGCUCCAUUGCCUGCAGCAAGGGGGAGCCGCCCACGCCGUCGGACAGUUCCGGCACCGGGAUGUACACCACGCCCACUCCGCCCACGCAGCGUGUGCGCCCCCACCCGCAGGCGCCUCUGCCGGCGCGCAUCCCCAGCAGCCACGCCUCCAGCUCGCCGCCCAUGUCACCGCAACAGCAGCAACAACACCAGGCGACCUUCAACCAGGCUAUGUACCAGAUGCAGAGCCAGCAGCUGGAGGCGGCGGGCGGACUGGUGGAGCAGGGCAAGAGCUACGCCACCUCGGACUCGGAUGCGGGCGUGGUCAAGGAUCUGGAGCCCCAUGGCGGCCACAUGGGCGGCGGAGAUCUGACGGAUUUUUCGGGGGGUCGCGCCUCCAGCACGUCGCAGAACCUAUCGCCGCUGAACUCACCCGGCGACUUCCAGCCACACUUUCUGCCCAAGCCCAUGGAACUGCAGAGAGAUGGAGUCUACAACUUCAACGAGAUGUCCUCGAACCUAGACGCAGCCUGGCCGGCGAAGCCCACGAAUAGCUACCAGCUGCAGAGGCAGCUCCUGGAGAAUCCGCACACCGCCAGCAUGCCGGAACUGGCGGGAAAACUGGUGGGACCUCCGGUCCACCUGCAGCAUCUGUCGCAGCUGCACUCCGUCUCCUCCUCGCAGCAGUUCCAGCAGCACGAGUACGCGGACAUCCUGCACCCACCUCCUCCUCCGCCGGGGGAGGUUCCCGAACUGCCCACUCCCAAUCUGAGUGUGGCCUCCACUGCUCUGCCGCCCGAACUGAUGGGCUCACCCACCCACUCGGCGGGCGAAAGGUCACUGAACACGCCCCUGUCCACGCAGUCGGCCACCCACGGGCCCCCUCAUCCGGUUUCCAUCCUGAGUGGCGCCUCCUCCUCCUCGCCCAUGAGCGGGGAGCCGGCCAAGAAGAAGGGUGUUCGCUUCGAGGGGAUUCCGGACACCCUUCCAAGAUCAAGGAGCUAUUCGGGCAAUGGAGCAGGGACAAGUGGGGGUGGAGAGAGGGAGCGGGAGAGGGACCGGAACAAGGACAAGGACAAGGAGGGUGGCGGACGCCAUGGUCAUGGACACUCCUCCCGAAGACGGAGGCGUCGCAAGUCCUCCUCCUCCGGCUCCACCCACCAUCGCAGUGGCAGUGGCCACCGUUCGCACUCGACCACUCGGGCGGAUACUUAUGCGCCUGCGCAGCCCCUGUCCUCUUCCUACCAAGGUCCACCCUCGGCACUGCAGGCGGCCAGCCUGGUUCAGGACUCACCCAAUCGGCAGCAGAGGGAAAGGGAAAGGGAGCGAGAGCGGGAGGAGUCCGAGGAGUCGGACGUCUGCUCCACCUGCUCUUCGAGCUCCUCCAGCUCCGAGGACUACAUGAUGAUGUACCAGCUGCCGCAGAGGCGCCACUACGGAGGGGUGCGCGUGAGCUAUGUGCCCAACGAUGCCCUGGCCUACGAUCGGAAGAGGAAGCCCAGCGAGAUGGGCGGCGACAAGGACAAGAACUGCAUCAUCUCGUGAUGCAGCCCGCCCGAGGGGCUUCCAAUCAGAGGAUCCAGAUGCAGAUGCAUAUGCAGAUGCAGAUCCAGAUGUUAUUAAUGUGGCGCCCUGGGCAGCUCCAACUCGUGGCUAACGAAGUGGCCCAGAACGCUCGCGGGGAUCAUCGAUCAACAAUUCCUCGGAACGGAGGCAAUCGCCACACCACAAAGCAAAGUAAAGUUCAACUUGACAUUAAGGCGCCUAGUUAAGAUACACUCACCAACAUACAUAUGCAACUCCGCAGGAGGAGAAACCCUACGAUAAGAGCCAACACUGUUCCAAAUACACAUCCCUAGUUAAGCUAAUUGAAGAUUCAACCUAUAUAUAUUUUUAUAAUUACUAGUAGCGUAGCGAAGAUAUUUUGCAGAUAACCCUAUUUAUACACUCUAUUUAUAUUUAUUGCAUUGCUAGGCCUAGCAGAUACUCUAACUUUAUGCCUAGACCAGUAAGUAGAAAUGCAAAAGGGUUCCUCAAGACUCUGAUGCCAGCAAUUGGGCUAAUGAAACUCCACAAUAAAUCUAGUUUAAGCGGACAAACUGUAUGACAUUCACGAGAAUAAAGAGUUCAAAGAAAGAGUA